CUUUUCUUUUUAAAUAAAUAUAGCUGGACUUGUCCUUUUGUAGUAUACCUUGCCUUUUAAGGACACUCAUUUUCUACCUCUAUUUUCCUUUCUUCUUCACUUUCUGAACUCUCUAAGCAGCACCUAUCUCUAUAUUCUCUCCCUAAGCUGAAUCCUACUUCAUAAUCAGAGGGCAUGCCUGAAUGUCCAGAGAAAGGGAGAGAUUUGAUGAGAUAGGGAAGAAGAUCAAAAGGGAAGGAGAUGUUUCUUCUCAAAUGGGAAGAAGACACAUGUUAGGCCCUCCUGGAACCCUAAAUACCAUCACCCCUUGUGCAGCAUGUAAGUUGUUGAGAAGAAGAUGUGCCCAAGAAUGUCCCUUUUCACCAUAUUUCUCUCCCCAUGAGCCUCAAAAGUUUGCUUCAGUCCACAAAGUUUUUGGUGCCAGCAACGUCUCAAAGAUGCUCAUGGAAGUACCAGAGUGUCAGAGAGCUGAUGCAGCAAAUAGUCUAGUUUAUGAAGCUAAUGUGAGGCUAAGAGAUCCUGUGUAUGGAUGCAUGGGUGCAAUUUCUGGUUUGCAGCAACAAGUUCAAUCUUUACAAGCUGAACUUAACGUAGUGAAGGCUGAAAUACUUAAAUACAAACUCAGGGAAGCUCACAUGAUACCCUCCUCUCAUGUUGCAAUGCUUCCUUCGUCUGGGGUUGUUUCAAUCGCUGCUCCACCUCCACCACCUCCUCCACCACCUCCACUUCCACCUCCUUCUAUUCCUCAAACUUCUUCCUCUUCUUCCAUGUACAUCCAACUCAGAGAUCCCACCACUUACUCCACAAUUUCAAGUGAUAAUAUCUCCUAUUUUGGUUAAACUUGCAGCCUGAUAAAAACAAUUAUUCCAUUUUUUUCUCUCUUAAUUAUCAUCAUGCAUCAAGGUGGAAUAAAGUGAGUUAAGAAAAAGGAGAGUAUUCAUACUGAAUGUUGUUAAUUAUGACCCGGCUGUACGUUUUCCCCCCCAUUUUAUUAUCUUAAUCCAUAUGAUUAAUAUGCCCAAAAUUUCCCCUUGAUAAUAUAUAUAUAUAUGGCUGAUUAAACUUUAAUUUCUUCUACACCUUCUUAAGCCAGAUUUCAAAUUAAUUGCUCCUUGUUACUGUGAUUAACUGUUUUUCUUCCCCACCCUCUAGUACAACCGAUGUAGACACAAUGCCAACUUGAUAUAUACACAUGCCAAUUUUCCCUUCAUUAUUUUAUGAUGCAAAGGACAAUAAAGAGGAAGGAAACUUGGUUUAUAUUGCAUUGGUAUUUCAGUUUGGUUUUGGAAACAUUGCAAUAAUAUUGUUGGUAGAAUUCAUUUUGCACGUGAUGACUGUGGUUCCUGACUAUAACCUUUCUUAGACAUGUUAAUCUGUGCCACUGAGUAUCUGAGUUUGCUGUCUGAAGUUGCGGGAGACAAAAGGUAUGCUUGUGAUCUUCACCAUGUUCAGUCACUCUUAACUUCUGAGAACUUUCGUUUAUAUAUAUAUAUAUAUAUAUGGAAAUUGGGAAGCAUAAUUUUACGUCAAGUUAUCUACCCAUUUAUCUACCCAUUUGUAUUAUACAGUAAAACUAUAUUAUAUUAAUUGC